AUGGACUCUAACGAUAUAGAUUCUAAGCGUACGCUCUUUGUUCGUGGUCUAGCGGAAGGUGUCACUAAGGAAGUACUAUACGCCGCCUUCAUUCCAUAUGGAGAAAUUAGACAUCUCGAAGUACCACUAGAUAAAACUACAGGUAAACAUAAGGGAUUCGGCUUUGUGGAAUUUGAGGAAGGUGAAGAUGCCUCCCAUGCUGUUUUCAAUCGCAACAACUCCGAACUUUACGGCAAAGUAUUAAGGGUUACUUAUUCAACGCACGCUGAUGUCUAUGAGAAGAAGUCAUAUAAGAACAAGGCAAUUUGGGCAGACCCAGAGUAUUAUAAGCAGAAACUGGUGGAAGCGGGAGUUGAAGUACCAGGAGGGGAGCAGCAAACUGGUGUUGAUAUUGGCACGGACAACGGAUAG